AUUGUCUAGAGCUGUGAGGAAUGUGCCGGUCUGAUCCGAGAGAGAGAGAGAGAGAGAGAGAGAGAGAGAGAGAGAGAGAGAGCGCGCGCGCGAGACACACACAGGCAGACAGAGAGGGACACACCAGCGUGCUGGAGCUGUUCGCCGCAGAGCUACCUCACUUUCAUCCAGCUUUUUUUUCAUGGGAAUUAUCAUCGUCCACGUGUCGAGUUCAUGAUGGAGAGAUUGGCACUGAUGGAGAUCAAUCUGUCACUUUGUUUGCUCGUCUGAAAGAAUGCAUCCUUCCAUAGUAAUAAUUUCCCCAGCACACUUGCGAGAAUCAAGCAGCAGGGAAGUUGGACUAACCAGAAUAUCAAGUAGCAGUGAGGUUAAGGUGUGAACUCCCCAGAGUUUGAGGACAAUUUCCCAUCCUUCCUCUGUAGGCGUUCAAGACCAAAUAUAACACGACUACACAAAUGUGCACCCUUCCACAAAGGCAGCAUAUAAAUCUUACAGUAGCUUAGUAUCGGAUAUCAGUAUGACUGAGUUCAAAGACACAACCAGCCGCCAUCUCAGGCACAAACUUCAAAGUCUGGGCCGGCGCCUGGAUGAGCUUGAGGAGGCUACAAGUAAGCUCCAAAAGGCUGAGGAUGAGCUUCUGGACCUCCAAGACAAAAUCAUCCAAGCCGAGGGAAGUAAUUCCUCCUUGCUUGUUGAUGUUGAAGCACUUCGAAAAAGAGUUCUUAAAAUUGAGGGGAAGGAUGAGGAGGUGAGAAAAGCAGAAGACCUUUGCCGAUUGAUAAAGGAGAAGCUAGAAGAAGAAGAGAAUCUAACUAAGGAGCUUAAAGCAGAGAUUGAGCGUCUUCAGCUCAGAAUGACCGAACUGGAGAAGCUAGAGGAUGCAUUUGGGAAGAGCAAAUCAGACUGCACACAGCUUUGUCUGAGCCUUAAUGAGGAAAAGAAUCUUACUAAGAAACUCUCAGCUGAGCUAGAGGCCCUGAAGGCCAGAGUAAAGGAAGUGGAUUCCUCUGAGGCAUCUCUGAACCGGGCAGAGCAGGCCCUCACCACAGAGAUGGAGAAACUAAAAAGCCUCACGCAGACGUUUGUUCUGGAGCGCAAAAAGCUCCUGGAAAAACAGAGAGAAGAUGAGAAAAUCAUUCUCAAAUUAACUGAAAAGCUUGAACACCAGAAGAGCAAGGUAGGUUCACUAGACCAUAGCUUUAAUGAAGCCCACGACCUUAUUAUUGAGGAUGACAUCUCGGCAGGUCUUGGUAGCAAACUGGCAAGAAAGAAGAAACUCUCGCAUGAUGGCUUGAGAAACAAAUCGGAAAAUGAGAAAAACAGCCUAGAAGAGCAGGAGGACAACAAGAUCAAAGACCUUACACAAGAAGUAGAGAAUCUAAAGUGCCGUCUGAAGCAGCUGGAGAUGGUAGAAGAGGACCUGAAAAACACAGAGUCAAAGCAUGCUGAGCUAGAAGACAAGUUUCUGCAAGAGAGGAGCCACAACCAAGUGCUGAGUGACCAACUCGAGCAGCUGAAGAUUCAGCUUUUUAACAGUAGUAGUAAUGGAAACCUGGUUGUUUCCAGUACAACAAAUGUCCUUGAAAAUGGCAAAGCUGAAACUGAGGAGAUAAACAUGCGGGGAGGCUUCAGGCAGGAGAAGAAGGGUAAGAUUUUGCCUGCCACUGAGGCAGUUAACCCAAAGUAUAAAAAAAGAGACAAUUCACCGCAGCAACUGAAACUUAAGAGUAAAGAGCUCAGCCAGUCAACAGAGAAAUCCCCAGCAAGGAGAACCCUAAGUCCUGCCCAUAGGCCUAAGAAAACUGGGUUGAAAACUGGGUCUUCAAAUACUGCUGACAGUGGGCUAAAAGAUGGCAUUGAGGAGAAACUUGGAAGUGCCUUUCAGGCCACAUCCAUUGCAUCAAGUGAUAAAAAAGUUUCUGUACUUAGCCGUUACCCUCCUGCUGCCAGUGACCAAAAGCCUGGGAAGGUAUCGGUUAAGCCAGGUAACACUGAAAGCAAGAAAGCAAGUAGAGUUUUGCCUCCACCAGAAAAAGACAGAUUAACUGAACCAGAGUCUUCAGGUCCUCCACAGGAGGUAACUACAGUGUUGAGUCUUUCCCAGGCCAAUGGGUCUUACACUGCGUACAAAUCCCAUGUAAGGUCAUCUGGUUUAAUUGAUCAUGGAUCUGAAGGACACUCGUCAGCCUCUGAAACCGAAUCCGUUGGAUCAAAGCGCUCAGUGGGUGAGCAAGACACUGCUCCUGUAAUAUCCGUUUUAAGUGGCAGAACGACAGAUUCUAAGUAUCCAAGGUAUGCACGAUUGCAUGAUUCUCACUCGGGUGGAUCUUCAACAAGGAGCUCUUAUGAUGAGGAACAGCACAAGGCCCUAAUGAUGGAAGGUGGCUCUCAGGAACCUUUUCAAACAUCCACAGGAAUUGAAAUCCAACGUGUGUGCAGCCCACGUGAGGCUCUAUGCUCUAAGGUACUCAUCAAGCCAGCCAUCAUAGAGUAUGACAGGAAGGAAAUUAUGUCAGGAGGGAGUAUAGAAUCAACACAUACCAAUGAAAAACCGAAAAUAGCCACCAAGCCUAACAAGAUGACCAGCAGCAUUACUUUCUAUCCCAAUGACCCCAGCUCUUCUAGAACCAGCAGUCGAAGCAGCAGUGUUUCAAGUGAACCUCCAUCCAAGGAGCGACACACUUCCACCAGCAACAUUGUCAUUGGGCCAAACACUGAGCUCAGAGGCAGCAUCACCAUUCCCUAUGAAAUAUCCAUUCCCAAAAGCGAGAUCACGCUAAGGCCUGGUGAUGGUGAUAAUGACAACUCUGAUCUUCCCAAUGUCCUAGAGACAGCUCGUAUAGAAACGACCAUUCUGUCCCGAAGCAGUUUGAACUUUCAGUCCCCGGAAAUAGGCUCUGAGCUGAACAGCGAGUCUGGCUUUGAGAGCAGUGGAAGUAUUACGACUACUACGGUCACUAGCCGGCGAAGCCACAACAAUGACCACAGCUCAUCCCAGGAUGAUAAUGUGCCAGAGAUGAGGAAUGUGACUGUUAGAAGUGCAUGGAGGAAUCGAGGGGCAGUGUCUGUGGACCAACUUGGUCAGGGACCAAGGCAUGAUGGUUUGGAGGAUGAAAUGGAACCCGCCACAACAUGGAGAGCAUACAGAGCUACCACUGUCCUGGACACGGAGGAGAAUUUAACAUCUCCCAAUGUCACCACACGAACUGGAAAGCCAAGCCCAGCAGAGAGGUACAUGCGGAGGAUCAGUAGUGGAAAUAUUGGUAGAGAUUCUCUGGAGUCCUCACGCAGGAACAAGAGCAUGUCCCCAAUUGAUAGCAGUCUUCAAAGGAUCAUCUCUCACGAGCCUGUCUGUGCCCAGCAACUGCAACCAAGAAUGCGAAAAGAACCUCCUCUCCUCUCCAGUGACUUCUCUAGUCCUACUCUGUAGAAUGAGACCGUGGGACAGUGAACAAACAACGCAUGCAUCGAAUCCGCCAAAAUAAACACCCAAAUAUUAAGUAGCUGAUGAUAGCUGUGCUUGGUUGUUUACAUGAGUUUGUUUUUGUUAUAUGGUCCUGCUCUAAUGUCCCCUGUGCAAAACCAUGCACAACUUUAGUUGUGCAUUUCUGUAGGUCUUAAUACUUUACCCUUUUUAAUAUAACGGGGAAAAUGUGUUUGAGGAAGGGUUGGGGCCACACUAAAGAAUCUGAAGAAUUCGAAUAAGAUCUCACCUAUUGGCCAUUUAAUGAUCCAGUGUAUAUGUGUAGAUUAUAAUUGCAAAUAAAGCUUAUAGAAAUGUGAUUGUGUGAUUUCGGUGGAUGACUACCGAGUUUCAUUCGGCUCGUUACUUGAUACAACUGUAUUAGAAUUGGUCGUCAGUAUGCCAUUGUGUGUUUGCUAUUUAGGUUUACUACUUAGUGAGCAUUAUACAUUCAUUAUUAUAAAUAAUUUUUUUUUUAAAAUAGUGUCAUAUAAGCAUUUAGAAUAUCUCUGUUUUCCCCUACUUUGAAACAAGUUUCAUAUUUGGUACUUGCAGAAGGCAGAAACAGUGCUGCCAAAUUUGGAAUGUUCUGGCACUGUGACGAGCACACGCAAAACAGGAAAAAAAGACAGUUUUAAAAAAUUUCAGGGGGAGUGAAAAAUUUUAGAAAAAAAUCCCAAGAGGAACUACAGAUCCAGCUUUGUGCUCCUGUCGAAGCUUAAGCAGAAAAUACAGCCUGCCAAACUGCUAUGCUUCUUCAGAUACAGGGUAAUUGUAGACCAACAGUGUUCAGUUUAAACUAAAUGGAGCCAGACAUUUGUGUUCUUCAUCAAGCAUAAAAAAUUUGAGGGUUUUUUCCCCCCUUCUUUGUAUGGCAAGCUUUCACUUGUAAAAAGUUGAAUGUUAAACUGUACUAAGAGCUAAGGUUAGCACGUUUGCUUCGCACUUCCGGGGUUGGGGGUUCGAGUCUCGUCUCCACCCUGAGUGCAUGGAGUUUGUAUCUUCUCUCCAUGCUUCAGGGAUUUCCUCCCCCAGUACAAAAACAUGUAGGCUGAUUGGCGUUUCCAAAUUGUCUGACGUGUGUGAAUGUACCCUACGAUGGGUUGGCACUUCGUCCAGGGUGUCCGCCUUGUGCCCCGCGUACCCUGGGAUGGGCUCCAGGCUCAACGCAGUACAGAAAAUGGAUGUAAGGAUGGAUGGAUUGAGAUGCAACUGACUGUAUUAUGUGACAUGCAGCAGUGUAUGAAAUUUUAUUCAGUUCGGUUUUAUUUCUAAAGCACUUUAGACAAUAUACAUUUUUACAAAGCAACUUUACAGAAAUCUGGAAUUAGAUUUGUAUUAGGUUCCUAAUGAGCAAACCAGAGGGUGACCGCAUCAAAAUAUAACUCCCUGAGAUGACACGCAGAAGAAACAUUGAGAGGAAACGGACUCAUCUUCUGGGAGACACUGUAUUGAGGGAUGCAUCGAUACUAUUUUUUCCAGACAGAGUACUCUUUUAAACUGCUACUGAAAUGAGUAACCUACUCAGUAUUUAGCAAUUAGAAGCUUAAUACUGUUUAUAGUUUGCUUUGAUUGGCAUCAUUGUUCUUUUAUGUCAUGUAUAUAGUAUCAUGACAACGUAUGGUAUUGUGGUAUCAGAUCUUUAUUAUUAUUAUUAUUAUUAUUAUUAUUAUUAUUAUUAUGAUUAUUAUUAUUAACUGAUACCAGUAUUGAUACAUUUAUAUCCUACACUGGAUAGUGAGAUAAAUCAAUACAGUAUACAGUUCUAUAAAAGUUAAGACAAUACGAAGUGUGUUGAAAAGAUGUUCAAUAUGAGGAUAUUGAAUUAGAGUCCUGGGAUGAGCAAUCUUUACAUUUCUACCCAAGACAGGGUUUCUGCAUGUCCUUAAAAAGUCUAAAAUCCAAUAAUCCAAAUUUUAGGCUUUAAAAUGUCUUUCAUAUGAUUUUGACAGGUCUUAAAAAUUGUGGGAUUAUGAAGUAAUCCAAUAAUAAUGAUUUAAAAUUGUUUCUGUUAACAUUACAUCUGAUCUAAUAUGGGUAAAUCCAAGUUCAACGAGAUCUGGCUCGAGAACAGUGCAUUUAGUGCUUGUUUGAAGCCUGUUUGAAAAUAACAAAUUUGAAGCCCUCUGCUCAUUGUUUGGAUCUAGGUUGUGAAAUGGGUCUUAAAUUGCAUCCAUAAUAGUCUUAAAAAGGCCUUUAAAUUUAACUUGUUGAAACCUGCAGAAGCCCUGCAAGAGCAACUGUAUUGUAAUGUAUUGAAGAAAGCAUGAAACUUGGGUUGUCUCUAUCGUAUACAUGUGAGAUUAUUCAGAAGCCUCCAGAUCAAGAAGCAGGAGAAACCAAGCAGGCUGUGUAUGGCUGCUGUGUGUGUCAGUCACCACUAUUACACCAAUACGGGUGCUGUAUUUGAGUACAUGGUUUUCUUCCUGCUGAGCUCAAAUCAGUUUCAGCACUCAGGAAUCUGAUUUACUUUCAGUACCGUUUCCCCGUAUGUAAGAGAUUGGGUUGUCUGGAAAAGUAAUUUCCGCUCCUUUUGGAACAAAGACUAGACUUGUAGAAUGCCAAUGGCAUCUGUUUUAAAAGCCAUAAUGAUGAAGGAAGUAGUGGUAGUGAUGGAUUGUGGUGUGCAUGGUGUGGCAGUCGAAAACAAAUGUGCACCCAGCUCAUUAUGCCAUUGUUUGUUUAUUUGAGGACAUGACGUAUUUUUGUUCAAAUAGGCAUUCUCUCAAAUAAGUAUCUGCUAUGUAACUUUUUUUUUUAAAAAUAAUAAAAAAAAUAAAAAAUCAUUUGAGUACAUGCUGUUAUUUCUGUCAUUGUGGUUGGCUUUUAAUAUUAGUUUACGUUGUAAGGGUGAACGCAGCAAAAGGUUCUUGAGCUUCACAAAAUGGGGCGUGUCUAUAAAAAAAAAAAAAAAAUAGCACAAGCAUUGAAAAUGCCAAUUUCCACCAUCAGGGCAAUAAUGAAGAAGUUCCAGUCGACUGGAAAUGUUAUGAAUCGACCUGGAAUUGGACGUCUGUCUAUAUCGUCUCAACACACUGUGAAGAGGACGGUUCGAGUGGACAAAAAAUCUCCAAGGAUCACAGCUGGAGAACUGCAGAAGUUAGUUGUGUCUUGGGGUCAGAAAGUCUCCAAAACUACAAUCUGAAGUCACCGACAUCACCACAAGCUGUUUGGAAGAGUUUCAGGAAAAAAGCCUCUACUCUCAUCCAAAAACAAACUCGAGCGUCUUCAGUGUGCCGACACUACUGGACCUUCAAAUGGGAUCGGGUUCUAUGGUCAGAUGAAUUCAAAAUAGAGCUUUUUGGUAAUGAACACCAGAGGUGGUUUUGGAGCACACAGAUAGGUAGCCAUAUGGAGAAGUACCUCAUGUCCACGGUUAAAUAUGGAGGAGGAUCUUUAAUGUUUUGGGCUGUUUUUCUGCCAGAGGACCUGGACAUUUUGUUAGGAUACAUGGCAUCAUGGAUUCUAUCGAAUAUCAACAGAUAUUAAAUGAAAACCUGACUGCCUCUGCCUGAAAUCUUCAAAUGGGCCGUGGUCGGAUCUUCCAGCAGGACGAUGAUCCAAAACAUCAUCAAAAUCACCACAGAAAUGGUUUACUGACCACAAAAUCAAGAUCCUGCCAUGACCAUCCCAGUCCCCUGACUUGAACCCCAUAGAACACCUGUGGGGUGAACUGAAGAGGAGAGUCCACCAGCAUGGACCUGAAAUGUGAAGGAUCUGGAGAGGUUCUGUAUGGAGAUCCAUUGCCAUGUAUUCUCUAACCUCAUCAGGCAUUAUAUCUUGGCAAAGGGAGGUAGCACAAAGUAUUGAAUAAAAGGGUGCCAAUAAUUGUUGCACACCUAUAUAUAACAAAGGGUUGUUUUUUAAUAAACCUGUUUGCAAUUGUUUGAUAUUCAGAGUAAUUUUGUGAAUUUUGUUUAACAAAAUAUCAAAAGGUUAAACAAUAGAGACAAUUUUUCACAGCCUUCUUUGGUCAUAUUUAACAAGGGUGCCAAUAUUACUGGAGGAUGCUGUAGUUGUGACCAUUUUCUCCCUGUGUAAGUUCAGUUGCCAUUCAGCAGUAAAUGACACUGUGACAUGUUGACGAGCAAUAUUUGAAUGAAGAUUUUAAUUAACAUUAACAUUAUUUAACAUGAUGUGGUGAACUAACAACUCCUAAUUAUUGACUCUGGACCAUAUGGCUUGUGAUGUACGUUGUUCGACAAGUUUUUACAUUUUAACCAAAACACAUUGUUUAAUGUAAGGUUUGGCUCAUUUUAAUUCAUAUUGGGACAUAUUGGGUAUUUAUGGUUUCAUUUUUUAUUUUUCUUUAUUCUAAAAUUCUUGAAGUCAUUUUACCUUUCUUUGUAAUAUAAAUUCUGUACUUUAUUUAUUUUAUUUUCACUUCAUCUUUUCUUUGUAUUCUAUUACAUUACUUUUGUUAUUACAUUACUUUGUAUGAUUCAUUUAAUUUUAAUUGCUUGAUUGUACAACAGUGAGCUUAUCACAUGUAUGAAAAGUGCUCUAAAAAUAAAGUAUCAUUUAGUAGUAGUAGUAGUAGUAGUAGUAGUAGUGUGAAAAGACGAGUGAUAACAGUAUGAGUAACAGCAUGCACAUGAACACAGUACGCUGUGAAUAAGACCGUAUUAUAAUCAGAGAAUGAUUUUAUUGCAUCAAAAUCGGGAACCAAAUGCUUCCUUCCCUGAUGCCAGGUCUCGGCAAAACUCCCACCAUAACUACAUAUCAAAAACCACACAAAAUGACUUGAAACUAGCUAAAAAGAUUGGGUAUUGUGUGUGAGAGGGAGAGAGAUAUCCUUGUCUUUUUGUUUGCUUGGAAAUUAAUUUCACAGUGGUGUGCACACAUUUCUGAACCAUCACUCCAUAUAGCCCGUGCAGAUCUUACGCUAUGCACAGGACAGUGUCUCUCUGCUGGGGUCUCCAAAAUAAAAUAACCGAUUUAUGAUCAAACCCAAAACUAAAGUAACUCUGAUAAAAUAUUCAAUGGCUAUUGUUGUCAACUAUAAGCAACAGUUCCCUGAUUUGGGAAAAAACUUAAUAAUGCCCAUUAGAUAAAAAAUGUAGAAAGAUUGCCAGAAAGUUCCACAUGUAUCUGCUUUUGUUUUGCAAACUGUUAUUUGUGAUUAACCCAGCAGCCCUGAUAUUUUUUUUUAUUAUUUAUUUAUUUAUUUUAUCCCCCCUCCCUCCUAGUUGUCCACAAACAAACAAAAAAAAACCCUUCUGGUCUAGAGCACAUCUACUUGCAGUUUAAAUCCGAAUAUGAGACGAUAUGAAUAAAUAAAUGCAGAUACCGAUAAUAGAGAAGCCUAACAAAGUUAACACUCAGUUCAGAGGGACGCCAAAUGGAUUGUACCCAAACAGCACGUCGUCUUUCAGAGCCAGCUUCAGUCAUUUCCUGCUCCCAGACCUUCCUGUGUCGGACAGGAAGUUGCCUGGUUGCGCCAGCCCAUUUGGCAGCCACUGCAUCAUAACUGGUUUCCUGUUCCCCAUCUCCCCCUCCCAUUUUCCCAUCGCAUUGGUCUCAGGGCCUAUUAUGUGUGAUAAUUGUAGAUCUGCACCAGACCAAGAGCCACUAGAGAGCCUGGCACACACUGGUUCGAGGGUAAAUCAUUGGGUUGGCUGUGGAUCUUGAGCUAACCCUAACCCCAGUUUAUUAUUUAUAUAGUUAUUCAGUUUAAAGCAUUUUCCAGUGGGUUGUUUAAUUACGUGCAGUUUGAACAAACCAGAAGUAAAUGGACUAAUAGGUGUGAAAGCAUCUUUAAAGUACUCAAUCCAUGCUUCUCAUUGGGUUUAGGAACAUGGUCAAGUAUGGACUUGUUUUCGGCUUAAGUCCAGAUGAUAAUACCAUUUAACCUACCAAUUCUUGUUCGUCCCAUGUCAGUAUUUCUAACUGAUUCAUUUUAGUGUUGAACAUAAUUGCGCAAAUGCAUUAUGUUUGGUUUUAAUGGUUCUGAAUUUAACAUAUCUGCUGUUGGCUGGUU